GGAUCUUCAGACCCUGGAGCCAGGGGCCCUCUGAAACGCUCCCGGAUCCCUGGGGACUAGUCACGUGACGGAUUCUCAACUCAAGCAGCCCGGGUGUCAUAACCUUUCCCACUGAGGCAGCAGCUCUGCUCCCAGAUCCCACCCCAGGAAGCCUGGGCUCCACCCACCCCUCGGGCCAGAACCCGGCACAAUCGCCCCAUUCUGGGUUUUUAGCUUGGAGGCGACUACAAGUGCUAAAGGCGCGUGGCGAAAAAGGUGUCACUUAGGAGAGAGUUGGUUUUCUCCAGGGACUUCAGUAGGCGGCAGCAGCCACGCUCCACCUGGGGCAGCGCGGCGGCUAACGUGUGCGCUGGGCCGGGAGGAUGCGCUGGCGGCGGGACUCGAACCCCGAGCGGCGCGGCGCCCCGCGGUCCCGUCUGCUCUGGCCGCCCAGGUCCGAGUGGGAGGAAGGCGCGCACAGCUGUCUUCCGUCGGGCUGAGGCCUCCCUCCCGGCCGACUCCCCUCUCUCCCGUCUCCCGCCCCAGAAAUUAUCUCAAGCGUUGCCAGUGCGAUUCCAGAGCCCCAGUCGGCAGCGGACAGAGCAGAUCUCUCGGCAGCGGCAGCGUUGUGAGGACUUAGCUGGGACCUGGAAUCGUAUCCUCCUGUAUUUUUUCAGACUCUUUGGAAAUUAAGGAAUGCAAUUCUGCCACCAUGAUGGAAGGAUUGAAAAAACGUACAAGGAAGGCCUUUGGAAUACGGAAGAAAGAAAAGGACACUGAUUCUACAGGUUCACCAGAUAGAGAUGGAAUUCAGGGGAAAAAAAAGACCCAGAAGACCCAGCUUCUCCUCACCUCUUGCUUCUGGCUCAGAGCCCUCUCGUUAACUCUGUCUCAGCAGCCCAGCCCACAUGAACCACCCUACAAUAACAAAGCAGAGUGCGCGCGUGAAGGAGGAAAAAAAGUUUCGAAGAAAAGCAAUGGGGCACCAAAUGGAUUUUAUGCGGAAAUUGAUUGGGAAAGAUACAACUCACCUGAGCUGGAUGAAGAAGGCUACAGCAUCAGACCUGAGGAACCCGGCUCUACCAAAGGAAAGCACUUUUAUUCUUCGAGCGAAUCGGAAGAGGAAGAAGAAUCACACAAGAAAUUUAACAUCAAGAUUAAGCCAUUGCAAUCUAAAGACAUUCUUAAGAACGCUGCAACGGUGGAUGAACUGAAGGCAUCAAUAGGCAACAUUGCACUUUCCCCAUCGCCAGUGAGGAAAAGUCCGAGGCGCAGCCCGGGUGCAAUUAAAAGGAACUUAUCCAGUGAAGAAGUGGCGAGACCCAGGCGUUCCACGCCAACUCCAGAACUCAUAAGCAAAAAACCUCCAGAUGACACCACGGCGCUUGCUCCUCUCUUUGGCCCACCAUUAGAGUCAGCUUUUGAUGAACAGAAGACAGAAGUUCUUUUAGAUCAGCCUGAGAUAUGGGGUCCAGGCCAACCAAUUAAUCCAAGCACGGAGUCGCCAAAGUUAACAAGGCCUUUUCCCACUGGAACACCUCCACCACUGCCUCCAAAAAAUGUACCAGCCACCCCACCCCGAACAGGCUCCCCCUUAACAAUUGGCCCAGGAAAUGACCAGUCAGCCACAGAGGUCAAAAUUGAAAAACUACCAUCAAUCAAUGACUUGGACAGCAUUUUUGGGCCAGUGUUGUCCCCCAAGUCUGUUGCUGUUAAUACAGAAGAAAAGUGGGUCCAUUUUUCCGAUACAUCCCCGGAACGUGUCACUCCAGAGUUGACUCCAAGGGAAAAGGUGGUGUCUCCACCAGCUGCAUCAGACAACCCAGCUGACUCCCCAGCACCAGGGCCCCCAGGCCCCCCAGGACCCCCAGGUCCUCCUCGCAAUGUACCAUCGCCGCUCAAUUUAGAAGAAGUCCAGAAGAAAAUCGCUGAGCAGACCUUCAUUAAAGAUGAUUACUUAGAAACAAUCUCAUCUCCUAAAGAUUUUGGGUUGGGACAGAGAGCAACUCCGCCUCCCCCCCCACCACCUACCUACAGGACUGUGGUUUCGUCCCCCGGACCCGGCUCGGGCAGUGGUACGGGGACCGCCAGUGGUGCAUCAUCCCCUGCUCGGCCAGCCACCCCCUUGGUUCCUUGCAGUAGCACCACCCCACCUCCGCCUCCUCCUCGGCCUCCGUCUCGGGCAAAGCUACCUCCAGGGAAGCCUGGAGUCGGCGAUGUGCCCCGACCUUUCAGCCCUCCCAUACAUUCUUCCAGCCCUCCUCCGAUAGCACCCCUUGCCCGGGCUGAAAGCACUUCUUCAAUAUCGUCCACCAAUUCCUUGAGUGCAGCCACUACUCCCACAGUUGUGUCAGAAGAUGAUGUUUUUUAUGACAAACUGCCCUCGUUUGAAAGGCGCUGUGAAACGCCUGCAGGUUCUUCCCGGGGACCCAGCCCCCUAACCAUGGGAGCCCAGGACACCCUCCCUGUUGCAGCAGCAUUUACAGAAACGGUCAACGCCUACUUCAAAGGAGCAGAUCCAAGCAAGUGUAUCGUGAAGAUUACUGGAGAAAUGGUGUUGUCCUUUCCUGCCGGCAUCACCAGACACUUUGCCAACAACCCGUCGCCAGCUGCUCUGACUUUUCGGGUGAUAAAUUUCAGCAGGUUAGAACACGUCCUGCCAAAUCCCCAACUUCUCUGCUGUGAUAAUACCCAAAAUGAUGCCAACACCAAGGAAUUCUGGGUAAACAUGCCAAAUUUGAUGACUCACCUAAAGAAAGUAUCAGAACAAAAACCCCAGGCUACAUACUAUAAUGUGGACAUGCUCAAAUAUCAGGUGUCUGCCCAGGGCAUUCAGUCCACGCCGCUGAACCUGGCAGUGAACUGGCGAUGUGAGCUGGCAAGCACUGACCUGCGCAUAGAUUACAAAUACAACACGGAUGCAAUGACAACGGCUGUGGCCCUCAACAAUGUGCAGUUCCUGGUCCCCAUAGACGGAGGGGUAACCAAGCUCCAGGCUGUGCUCCCACCGGCAGUCUGGAAUGCUGAACAACAAAGAAUAUUAUGGAAGAUUCCUGACAUUUCUCAGAAGUCAGAAAAUGGAGGGGUGGGUUCUUUAUUGGCAAGAUUUCAGUUAUCGGAAGGCCCAAGCAAACCUUCUCCGUUGGUGGUGCAAUUCACAAGUGAAGGAAGCACCCUUUCUGGCUGUGACAUUGAACUUGUUGGAGCAGGGUAUAGAUUUUCACUCAUCAAGAAAAGGUUUGCUGCAGGAAAAUACUUGGCAGAUAAUUAACAAAAUCUUAUGCAAGAAUCUGGAGGAUUCAUAUAAUGGAGAACUGUUGUAUGAGAAACAGAAUUUAAUUUUGGUUUGAUGAAAACAAACCAAAACCUGCACUUGGGAUAUAUCUGCUGGAAAUGUCGAUGACUUUCAGCAAUGAUUUCCCUCACACGAUACCAUGAUGACUGGUCCUACAGUAUUUACUUCUAGGUGUAAUAUUGUUAAUGGUUUUAAAAUGUAAUUACUGUAUUUGUAAAUUGUACUCAUUCCAGUAAGGCAGUUAGAUACUUGAGUUUUAGCAUUUUACCAUUCCUGAAAUGGAUGUAAUUUAAACUGUGGUAUGUAAAUUUAAUAGUAGUACUGUCAAAUGGCACAAUGCUUACAGAGGUAGACUGCAUUUUGUCAAUAUAUAAAAUUUAAAUAUAAAUAUUGAUAGCUGUCAUAAAGGGGGUGCCACACACAAAGAAAAUUAAGUGGAACCAGGAAAAGAAGUUCCUUUUCUUCAGUCUUUAGUAUGUUUUACUCUAGUGCUAAAUAGAAAUUCUAUCUUCAAAUAUUUAGUGGGUUAAAUUCAGAAACUAUUUCAGAAAAAAAAUUCUAAGGUUACAGCAUAUUCAAAGAGAAGCAUUAAUUACCACUUUUUAAAAAGCUUUUUUUUCAAACUGCAAAUUUCAUAAAAAUGCAAACUGUGUAAACAGGGCCUCUUAUUUUUAUAACUUGUGUAAAAAGGGAAAGCAAUUCAUAUUUAAAGUUUAAGUAUAUGAAAUUAUAAUCAAGAGUAAAGAGAUGUUGAAGUCUUAACUACUCGAGUACCCCAUCUCUCCACAGUUUAGCUUAUGUGGAGAUUACUGAAUCAUCAGAUUAAAACCAAAAUUGUGAUUUUAAAAUUUCAAGACUUUCCAGAGUUGAACUGGUUAACAUUUGCACAAUAACUCUAAACAGAGGGUCCCUCCCAUCCAGCAUGGAGAAUGAUACCUACCACCCAUCUGCCUCUUUACCCACAGGAAUCAAAAUACUGAGUCUCAAAAUCUCAACAACAACAAAAAAUUUAGUCCCCUAUUUAAAUCCAGAUGGAGAAUUUUAAUCAGCAUUAUUUAUAUCAUUGGGGAAGGAGGAAAAAAAUAAGCUUUGUUAAGUGAAAUUCUAACCACAGUAUUGUGCAAUAAAUUUCCUUUCAGAUAAGGUUCAUUGUCUGUAACUAUAAAUCUUUGC